GCGUUUAUAGCUUAACACAUAAGGCAGAACCGGGUUACCCCAUUUAGCUACCUCGCGAGAGGAAAAUCCCAAUUGAAGAACCCUACACUUCCCCCAAAACCCUCAUAGACCCAGAAAGAGCACUUCACAGAUCCAUCGGACGCUGAAUCAAGAUGUAUUACAGAGGAAACUACAUGGACAGUGGCGAUGCCCGUGAAAUGGGCUUCAAAAGGCAACGCAUAAUGGAUCAAGGUUCCUCUUAUUAUGCUACUCCUCCAGGGUCAAGCUAUAUGUACAAUCCUCCUCCUCCUCCACCUCCCCCGGCAUACUCUUACCAUGGACAGCCUCCACCAUUCCCUGUUGUUCGACUCCGUGGCCUCCCGUUUGAUUGCUCAGAGACUGAGAUUGCUGAUUUCUUGCAUGGUUUGGAUGUAGUUGAUGUGCUUCUUGUCCACAAAGGUGGAAGAUUUACAGGGGAAGCAUACUGUGUUUUGGGGUACCCUCUUCAAGUUGAUUUUGCUCUUCAGAGAAAUAGGCAGAAUAUUGGACGAAGAUAUGUUGAGGUUUUCAGAAGCAAGAAGGAGGAAUACUAUAAGGCUAUAGCCAAUGAAGUUUAUGAUUCUCGUGGUGGUUCAGUUCCGAGGGCUAGAUCUGCUGAUGAAAGCAAAGACCUUGCAGAACACACUGGCGUAUUAUGGCUGAGGGGGCUGCCAUUCUCAGCUAGCAAGGAAGAUAUUAUUGAUUUCUUUAAAGAUUUUGAACUUCCAGAAAAAUCAAUCCAUAUAACAGCUACUUUUGAGGGUAGACCUACAGGGGAAGCAUUUGUUGAAUUUGCUAGUGCAGAUGAUUCAAGAGCUGCAAUGGCCAAGGAUAGGAUGACAAUAGGGAAUCGCUACAUAGAGCUUUUCGCUUCAUCGUCUGAGGAGUUGGAGGAAGCAGUUUCAAGGGGCAGGUGAGUGCUCAAUUGUGCAUUUUAGAGUAGUAU